UUGCCCCGCUUGCACUCUCUAACAGCGAAGCUUUUUCCCUCUCCACUUGUCUUUCACAGCAUAUUAUGAUGAGUUUGUGGAUUGUCAUUGCUCUGGUUGUGUUACUUGGGGUAACUGGGAGCCCUAAUGUGAAGGUCAGUCCUGAGCCGGAUAAGGUGGGCUUGCUGGCUCAUCCCAACAGCGUGCCUGAGUAUGCAGAGGAGGAAACAGAAAUCCUUGGACAGCAGGAACAGUUAAUAGACCUAGUGGUUGAGGAGGAUGUUAUGGCUACUGGAGAACUGAACCCCAAUCACUACCAGGCUCAGAGGGCAGCCAAAGUGGUCCAGCACUACCUCAACACCCGGCAUGGGUCUCCAUUCAGGCUGUUUGGACUUAACAGGGUGCACAGUGGGACUGCAGAGGAUGUGGAAGAUUCUGGGAGAAAGUAUCAGCUGGAGAUCUCGGUGAAGGAGAUAAUAGGCAACACUUCAGAGAAAUGCUCUGCAGAGGUGUUCUUCCCAAGGGGAGAGCGACAGGGCUUGGAUAAGGUCCAGGCCUCAUGUGACGAGCUCCUCAAAGCCAACACCACAGCCCAGGAAAUGGCCUUAUACGAACAGUACAAGAACAACCAAGGCCCGCUGUCUGCUCAGCAUUUACCUGACAGCCAUGGUCGCAUUGAUCCUGACAUGAGGCCUUUCUGGCACCUCGGUAUAGUGGCCUCCAGCUUCAUCAUGCUGAAUGAAUCCAAUGAAAAUACUCUGUACAACAUGGCUCAGGUGGCCAACAUCACACAGCUGCCCACUGAAAAUGAUCAGCUGAAGUUUGAUUCACACAUACUGCUACAUGAGAUGGUGUCCCAGGAAAUAAUUCACUGGAAACUGCAGUUCACUUGGUCUCCUCAGGAGGGCGUUAAAGUGCAUCAGAUGGAGCAGCUGCCACACCGCCACGAACUGGAAAAACCUCAAAACACAAACUAAACUGCUGCUGCUUUCACAACCAAAACAACGUAUCGAUGCUCACAGUUUGUAUUCAAGCGCCAAAACAAGACAUGCUGUCAAUGAUUGCUGCACUAAACCUUUAGAAUUUAUAAUUACAAUAAUUGAAUAAGUACAAUUGUUACUUUUCUAGUGCCUUUGGUUGCUGUUGUAUUUUAGCCUGAAUAAACUGUUUAUACAGA